GUUGUUUUAACUCUUAUUAUGUCAUUUAGUAUUUUCUAUUUCAGGUAAAAUUCGUAGGCCCAACAAUUCACAAUUUGGCAUCAUGAAGACAAAUGCACCGGACUUGCUAAAAAGGAAGGGCAUUAUCAAGAAAUGGAAGAGGUCGUCAACUACAGGACCAUAUGUCGUUGAACCACGACGUUCUGAGCGCAACGCUGAAAAGAAUUUUUGGAGAUUUGCAACGUCCUUUAGUAUGGACUUAACCGACUGUGAUGACAAUGCAUCAUCCAUUCAGACAUCGUCAAAGAGUGUUAAAAGAAAGAUAGUGGAUGACGUAAAUAUUAGGGAGUAUAGUGGAGUGAGAGAAAGUGAGAUCCCACUUGUUUCUGAAAACCCAAAUCAUGAAAAUGGUACGGAUAGUCAACCCAUGACUCCUCCCACACACAUACAUGAAGAAAGGGAAACUCAUGUCGAUCAUCCCAAUCCUAAUGAGCUACACGAGAACCCUACAAGGCAACCUAAUGUACUAGAUUCUCCUGCUACUCGAACAAGGGGAACACUUCGUAGGUUAACACCUAUCAAGGAGGUUCAUAUUGAGACAGAGGAAAAUGGAGAAGGGUCUGAACCUUCUACCAAAGAACUAGAACCUAAAAGAAGAAGAAGACCUACCAAAAUGAAAACAAUAGCAGUUGAGCCACAAUCAAAGCUAAGCAUAUCUUUUAAUAAGUUUGGACAAACCUGUUGGUGAUGCAUCUGUUGGGUUGGCUUCAUUUUUGGGUUCACUUGUUUGAGAGGUAGUGCCAAUGAAUCUUGAAACAUGGAAGAAGCAAUCAACAAGGCAGAAGAACGAAUUAUGGCAUUCUAUUCAGGCACGAUAUAAUAUUCAUGAAGCUUGGCAGAAGAAAUAUUUUUUUGAGAAGAUAAGUGGGCUAUGGAGGGAAAGCAAAUCUCAAUUGGAGCGUUUGGAUCAGAAUACGAGUCAUGAAGGUAUGAGUACUAACACUAAUGUGGUAGAUGAUGCAAUCGGUAAAGUAUUGGGUCAUGAUCAUGGUUAUGUAAGAGGAUAUGGACAUGGAGUGACAAAAUCAAAGUUUUUGUCUAUGAGUCAAAAGGAUAAUACUAUUACUUUUUUUCCAGAAGAAUGCGACCGAAUGACAUCAGAAAUGACUGAGUUGAAGUAUUUGGUAUCUUCCCUACUAGCAGAUAAGGCCAAGUCAAGCGAACAAAAUUCCAAUCAUACUGGAAAUGUACCGACGUCAGCACAUGUUCCACCAGCAAACUUAAGUUCUCCACCGAGUGUUACCAUCAAUGAUAAUGCUCCACGAAAGUGCAUGUUGCUCGACUGGAUUGGUUCUGGAAAAGUAAUUGCUGAAGGAAGAUGGUCUUCCAAUGAUCCAUCAGUACUUGUGCAUCACAUCCCUCUCGGUCCAAAUGUUGUACGAGUGUGGGUUGAUACAGUGAAAAAACCAAAUUCGUAUUUAUGGAGGCCCACAUCUGAUAUGAUGGUUAUUGAUAAUGCUCUAGGUACUACGAUUGCUUGGCCUGCUGAUAAAGUAAAAAUAUAAAUAUGUGGGGAUAUUUGGCACUCAUUUGCAGUACUUUUUGGGUCAUGUUUCUAAUUAUCUAUUCAGUUUUUCAGAAUAAAUGUCUGAGCUACAUUCAUGUAUUUUAUUUAGCUUCAUAUAUAGUUUGGGAUCUAGACUUAAUAUAUGAACUUUUUAUGAUGCGUA